AUGAAUAAUAAAAACACCAGUCUCAAAUCGAUGUUUCAUUACCCAUUCCACAGAUGGAAGGUCUUUCUCAAGAAGAUUGCACAUGAAACUUUGAACUCGUUGGAGGAAAAUGGCAGUAGCUCUAGUGAUGAAAAAAUUGAUUCUCUGUUUGCGGAACAAAAAAGUAUAUGGAAUAAAGCAUCAAGCACUGAGAGAGACAGCAAAGCGUCUAUGUCAUUUUCGAUAAAGAGGUUCAAUACCCGACAAGGAGGAGGUAAUCUUGAAAUGAAAUUAAGUGACGAACCCACGGAGGAAUUUACAACGUCCUCCAAUGUACAAAACGCGGAUGAUACCUCAGAUGAAGAUGAAGAAGCUGCCGAGGAAGAUAGGAACAGUUUUAACAACGUUACGUUUGAUAAUUACGAUUCAGUCAAAGAAUGUGGUAAGCUUCGAAAAUUAGUAGGAGAGCCAUUUCAUCAAGGUGAAAUGAUAUGGAAUCAAAGAAGGACGCUUUGGAGUCAAGACCUAACAAAACUCACUCCUGAGCAGUUGCGUGAACGUAGAGAGAAAUUCAGCUCGGUUCCAAAGGAUUGUUAUACCAGGAUCUAUAAAAAAUUGGUUGUAGACGAUAAACCUUUACGUGAUCCUGUAAAUUUACAAGAUGCAAUCAAAAUUAUCAAUGCAGGUUGGAUCGAAACACAAAAAUGGGAAAAUGCAGCAAAGGGACUAGCAUAA